CCGCACUUGCACUUGGCCACCUUUGCCGGGGGGUGUUUCUGGGGAUUGGAACUGGCCUACCAGCGGGUCCCGGGCGUCGAGUAUACCGCCGUGGGGUACGCGCAGGGUCCGGAAACAAACCCUACCUACAAUCAAGUCUGCGCGGGGUCCACCGGACACACCGAAGCCGUCAUGGUCUACUACAAUCCCGACGAAUGCCGUUACGAAGAUUUGCUGGAUACGUUUUUUGAAAGAGUCGACCCGACCACCGUCAACGGGCAAGGUGGGGAUCGUGGGAAGCAAUACCGGACUGGGGUAUACUUUCACACGCCCGAGCAGGAACAAGUCGCCCAGGCACGAUUCGCUGCGGAACAACCCAAGUACAACCGACCCAUGGCGUCGGAACUCAAGGCUGCCGCGCCCUUUUGGCCGGCCGAAAAGUACCACCAGCAGUAUUUGGAAAAGGGUGGACGAUUCAACCAACCCCAGAACGCCAACAAAGGCGCCACCGACACUAUUCGGUGCUACGGAUAA